AAAGUUGAGAAUCGGGAUUACAAUAUAAUAUUCUCUGCAGGGGCUAUUGAGCAAACAAAUGGAGUGGAAAUCGGAGAGGCUGCAGGUCUCCCCAGCUGCGUCAACGAUCUUCUAAUCGAUCCAUUAAAUUCUUUUUAGUUCGUUUCGUUUCGAUUUUGUAGAAAGUGAGAUUGCGCAGAGUGUGAAGGGGAUUGGCGAGUCGACGAAAUCUUGAGAAUUUCUCUCCGAUUGCAGAUGCGAUGGCCUUCCAAUUGGACGAUCUCUUAAAGGAGGAUAGGAAGGACACUAACUUGGUUCCGGACCUCAGCAAAGCUACCUGCGAGUCCCAGGAAGAGUUUCGUAGGCUGCUCGAAAAUUGUCCAGAAUUCAAAAUCAAACCGGAAAAGGUGAAGAGAGACGACACUAAGGUUCGGGACAGAGAUUUCUCCUGGAGAGCAACUAAGAAGGAAUCAAAGGCAUUGGGGAGGGAAUGGAGCUAUGGAAAUCCAGUUCCUCCGGAUAUGAGAAGUUUGAGCCUGCGAGAGCUGCACCAGGUACCUAUUGACUGGAGAAUGCUCACUCCAGUCAGGCCAAAACUACGCCAGGACGAAGAAAUGUUCUCACGAUUGGUAGAAAUGGGAAAACUAGAGGCUAAGACGAUCUCCAGAGAGCGUAGGUCGACAACGAGCCCAAUCAGACGCACCAAGAACCGUGCAGGGAUAAUCGAAAGUAGCGUGAAGGUCUGCUCAGAUUGUGGCGAAGAAUUCUGUUCCGGAGAGUUCUGCGGAGACAUUCUGUACGACUCCUUCAUCAGAGUCCCAGUUACUAGCCAGCGUGUAAAAGUAAAACUUUCUGCGGAUACAGAGGCGAUAAUUGCCAAUCUAGACCGCAAGAAACGUAAGAAAAGUAAGAGUACAAGAAGAAAGACUCGCGGAAAACGAAAGAAACCAAAGAAGGAUAAUAAUGGUGAACGGAACGAACCAGGAACGAAGCAGAACAAACCGUUCAAGCGAAAGUGUGGAAAAUUUAACAAGAACGCAAAAUAAGUU